CCUCCAAUGACUCGACGGGAGCCAUUGUAAUCGCCCUUGCUGCAACCACACCCAAACUCCUGUUCUACGCGCUCCUCACACUCGUUUUUGAGCUACACACAUCCGACGGCGGCCCGUUCGGUCUGCUGUGGCCUUUGCGGCUAGACCUUCUCCUGCCUUCCCUCUACCAGCUCCUCCCAACAUGGCCACCACCACGAGCGUCGACUCUCCGACGAUCAAAAUCCCUAUCCUCGGGAAAGAAAGCAUCAUCGUUGACUACGGCUUGUGGCACAGCUACAUUGCCGCCGAUAUUCUCAACAACAUCCCCAGCUCCACCUACGUCUUGAUUUGCGACACCAACCUCGCCCAGCUCGACUAUGUCUCGCAGUUCAAGACUCGCUUCCAGGCAGAGCGUGAGUCGUUGGGCAAAGGAUCUAACGAAGCGCGCCUGUUGAUCUACGAUCGGAUACGGCCGGGCGAGCGGAGUAAGAGCAGGAAGACGAAGGCUCAGGUGGAAGAUUGGCUGUUGGAGCAAGGAUGCACAAGAGAUACGGUGCUUCUCGCCCUCGGUGGAGGGGUAAUAGGCGAUCUCAUUGGCUUCGUGGCUGCUACAUACAUGCGCGGAGUCCGCUUCUGCCAAAUUCCGACUUCGCUGCUCGCCAUGGUGGACAGCAGUAUCGGUGGAAAGACGGCGAUUGACACUCCCUCUGGCAAGAACCUGAUAGGCUCGUUCCACCAGCCCGAGAGAAUCUACAUUGAUCUCACAUUCCUGGAGACGCUAGACAAGCGGCAGGUGUGCAACGGGAUGGCGGAAGUGGUCAAGACUGCCGCAAUUUGGGACGCAGAGGAGUUUGAGCGACUCGAAGACAACGCCAGCGCGAUCAUGGCUGCGCUAGACCGACCAAUUGGGCCCGGGAGAUUCGACGGGGUUGCCGAGGUCUUCAAGAGGAUUGUACUCGGCUCUGCAAGAGUCAAGGCGGAAGUCGUCUCCGCAGACGAAAAGGAAGGCGGCCUGCGGAACUUGUUGAACUUCGGCCAUUCGAUUGGGCACGCAUAUGAGGCUAUCUUGGCCCCGGAGAUACUACAUGGCGAAUGUGUGGCUGUCGGGAUGGUAGCAGAAGCUGAGCUGUCACGGUACCUUGGCACUCUCUCACCGAGUGCUGUUGCGAGGAUUACGAAAUGCACCGCGUCAUACGGCUUGCCUACGACUGUGCACGACAAGCUCAUUACCAAGCACACCAACAAAGUCCCGCAGUGCACCGCCGAUAGACUACUUCGAAAGAUGGCCAUCGACAAAAAAAACUCUGGGUCGCAGAAGAAAGUUGUCCUGCUCUCAUUGGUUGGCAAGUGCUACGAAGAGAAAGCUUCCAGCGUCACCGACAAGGACAUCCGCAUUGUUUUGUCACCGGCCAUUGCUGUCAAACCCGGUGUACCGCACAACCAAAGUGUUGAGUGCCGGCCGCCAGGUAGUAAAAGCAUAUCUAAUCGGGUCCUGUUGCUCGCAGCUCUUGGACAGGGGACGUGCAGGAUUCGCAACUUGUUGUCUUCCGAUGACACGCAGUACAUGCUCUCCGCAAUCGCCAAGCUGGGUGGUGCGAGCUACUCUUGGGAAGACCAUGGAGAGACGUUAGUCCUCCAUGGGAAUGGUGGCAGCCUCACAGCAAGUCCGGACGAGGUCUACAUCGGCAACGCUGGUACCGCCUCCCGCUUCUUGACCACGGCUGUCUCUCUCGCUCAGGCCACUCCCGAUGCCACGCACACUGUCCUGACUGGCAACAAACGAAUGCAAGAACGACCGCAAGGACCUCUUGUCGAUGCACUGAGGAGUAACGGUGUGGAUAUUGAAUACCUCAACGUCGAUUCACAAAGCCUUCCACUCAGGAUCGCAGCCGCUGGUGGUUUCGAAGGAGGAGACAUUGAGCUCACGGCGAAAGUCUCAAGUCAAUACGUCUCAUCUAUCCUGAUGUGCGCGCCGUACGCCAAGAAGCCAGUCACGCUGCGAUUAGUCGGAGGCAAAGUCAUCUCGCAGCCCUACAUCGACAUGACAAUCGCCAUGAUGGCCUCUUUCGGCGUGCAGGUGGAGCGAAGCAACACGGAAUCGAACGUGUAUCACGUGCCGAAGCAGAAUUACACCAACCCGGCCGAGUACGAAGUCGAGAGCGAUGCUUCUUCUGCUACGUACCCACUCGCUGUGGCCGCGAUCACUGGAACCACUUGCACCGUUCCAAACAUUGGAUCGAGGUCUCUGCAAGGCGAUGCGAUGUUUGCAAAGUCCGUGCUGGAGCCUAUGGGCUGUACGGUGGAGCAGACAAAAACUUCAACCACAGUGACUGGCCCUCCCAUUGGAAAGCUGAGGGCGAUCGCGUCUGUCGAUAUGGAAAGCAUGACCGAUGCUUUCCUCACCGCCGCGGUUUUGGCUGCUGUUGCAGAGCCUGAUAAGGAGGGUCGUAGGACGACCAGAAUUACGGGCAUCGCAAAUCAGAGACAAAAGGAGUGCAACCGGAUCAAAGCCAUGUGCGAUGAACUGAAGAAGUUUGGAGUGGAGUGCAGAGAGCUCGAAGACGGGAUCGAAAUCGAUGGGAAAGGCGAUGGCGCCAAGGGUGUCAAAGAACCUCGAGGUGGCGUGCACUGCUACGACGACCACCGAGUGGCCAUGAGCUUCAGCGUACUCGGAACAGUCGCACCUAUGGAGACCGUGAUAUUGGAGAGGGAGUGCGUGGGGAAGACGUGGCCAGGGUGGUGGGAUGUCCUUCACCGGACCUUCGGCGUGGAAUUGGCUGGUGCUGAACAACACCGUGCUCUUACGAAUGGGGUCAACGGAUAUUUGAACGGCCAUCACGGCUCCCCGAUCGUGAAGAAAAGCAUAUUCAUCAUCGGCAUGCGGGCUGCGGGCAAGACUACUGCCGGCGGCUGGGCGUCUCGAAUCCUGGGAUGGCCCUUCAUCGAUCUGGACACAGAACUGGAGCGUGUCGAGGGAAUGACUAUCCUGGAGAUGCUCAAAGACAAUGACUGGGAGGACUUCCGAGCAAGAGAGCUUCGUUUACUCAAACGAGUCAUGACUGAUCACCCGACAGGGUACAUCUUCGCGGCCGGAGGAGGCCUGGUUGAAACACCGGAAGCGCGACAACUGUUGAAAGACUGGCAGAAGGAAGGCAUGGUCAUCCUAGUCACGCGCGAGGUCGGAUUGAUCGUGGACUACUUGAACAUCGACAAGACCCGCCCAGCAUACGUGGAGGACAUCAUGGGCGUCUAUCUCCGACGCCGCCCUUGGUACGAGGAAUGCAGCAACUUGCACUACCAUUCUCAGGCUGUGGAUGAAAGUGCGGCGAUUGCGGGUUGGACAUCGCCUCUGGACGACUUCAGCCGCUUUCUGUAUACCAUGACCGGACGUGCGGAGGCGUUGGCGCGGAUUCGGAAGAAGAAGCACUCCUUCUUCGUCGCUCUCACUGCACCGACGAUCCAAAGUCUCACACCUCUAUUGCCCCAGGUCACUAUGGGUGUCGACGCAAUCGAGUUGCGAGCGGACCUUCUGGUCGACCCCGAGUCGAAGGAUGGCAUGCCAACCGCGGAAUUCCUUGUGGAUCAAGUAUCGCUUCUGCGAGCCUCGAGCACAUUGCCACUGAUUUUCACGCUGAGGACGAUAUCCCAGGGUGGUCGUUUCCUCGACGACAAUAUCCCGCGAGCGCUGGAGCUGUAUCGAGUCGCUCUGCGGAUGGGCUUCGAUUUUGUCGAUCUGGAGCUGACAUCCUCCCCCGAACUGAAGGAUUUCGUGCUCGCCCAUCGCAAGAUGUGUACGAUCAUCGCCUCCCACCAUGACCCCAAGGGCCUUCUUUCGUGGUCGAACGAGGGAGAAGACUGGCUGCCGCAUUUCGAAGCCGCAAGGGAGUACGGAGAUAUCGUCAAGCUGAUUGGCGUGGCGAAGUCCACAGAAGACAAUGACGAUCUGAAGGCUUUCAAGAAAUGGGCCGCGGCGGAGUACGCUGACGUCCCUUUCAUUGCUAUGAAUAUGGGUGAAGCGGGGAAAAUGAGCAGAGUCAACAACCACUUCAUGACGCCAGUGUCUCAUCCUGCGCUGCCGUCCGCAGCCGCUCCGGGCCAGGUCUCUGCAGCAGAUAUCCGGACCGUGCUGGGCAUAGUCGGAGACAUUCCCGCUCGAAAGUACUACCUCUUUGGCAAGCCGAUCAGCCAAAGCAGGAGUCCAGCAUUACACAACACGCUCUUCAGCCUCACCGGACUGCCCCACCAAUAUGGUCUGUUCGAGACGAACGACGCUCAGGAUGUUAAAGACCUCAUCCGCUCGCCUACCUUCGGCGGCGCCAGCGUCACCAUUCCCUUGAAAUUAGAUGUCAUGCCCCUGAUCGACGAAAUCGACAGCGCAGCCAAUACCAUCGGAGCCGUCAACACCAUCGUCCCAGUGCAUGAUGACAAUGGCAAGACGGUGCUGAGAGGCUACAACACCGACUGGCAAGGCAUGAUUCUCGCGCUCCGCAACGCCGGCGCCGGCCGCAAGAGCACGGGCAAGGAAGCCGGUAUGGUGGUUGGCGGCGGCGGCACGGCUCGCGCGGCCAUCUACGCUCUCAAGGAAAUGGGCUACAGUCCUGUUUAUUUGAUCGGUCGCAACAAGGCGAAGCUCGCGACGCUUACGCAGAGCUUCUCGGAGGAGUACAACAUCCAUCUCGUUAGCAGUGUUGAAGAGGCUGUUGCGCUACCCGCGGAUGCACAGCCUACUGUGGCCAUUGGAACGAUUCCUGGCGACGUACCGAUCGAUGCGGCGAUGCAGGAGAUUCUCGCUGCGAUUUUCCAGGCCCGCACGGGUGCAAGUGACAACGGUGCAGGAAAGGUGUUGCUCGAGAUGGCCUACAAGCCUGCAGUCACGAGUUUGAUGCAGCUGGCGCAGGCCAACGGGUGGAGGAGUGUGCCUGGGUUGGAGGCGUUGGUUGGGCAGGGGAUUCAUCAGUUCAAGCUUUGGACGGACAUUAUGCCGUUGUAUGAGGCUAGUCGAGAGGCGGUCGUGGGAGGGAAUGGGAAAGUGUAGAUUUCUGGUGCUAGCGGGUGUGGUUUGUUUGAUUGUAUGUAGAUACCCUGUAUCACACUUUGCACGUUCUUCGCG